UAUUCAUUGACCGACUGUCACUCUGUCGAUUCAAUUCAAUUUGUAUUGCAUUCCCUAAUCUGAGAUUAUUUGUUUAUAACCAUUUCCAAUUCUCAAUUUUCAAUUCAUUUCUUUGAAUUACCAAACCCUAGAUCGUUACUUUUUUCCGCAUGCCUGGAAUUCUAACUAUCAACCUAAUACCACCGACAAUCUCCCUUUUUCUGACGGAUUCUUGUUUGUUUUCCUUUCUUCAUCGAUGGCGCAUCAAUAUCCGAUCCAAUUGUAGGAGAUGUCAAAAUUUCUAAAUUUGGGUUUGAAUUAUACUUUCUGAGUGGUUGUGAAUUUGAACUCUCCACAUUGAUUCAAUUUUGGUUGAAAACUCAUCAACACUGUUGUACAAUAGUACUCAUAGUCCUAAAGUUUGCGAAAAUGAUCAAUACAUCAUUUGCACUCACUUAUCUCUACUUGCUCAUUUACAUUUUACUUUCAUCUGGAGUUAUACUCUACAAUAAGUGGGUUCUUUCCCCAAAGUACUUUAAUUUCCCAUUUCCCAUAACACUCACAAUGGUUCAUAUGGGAUUCUCUGGACUGGUGGCAUUCUUUCUUGUUCGUGUUUUUAAGGUUGUAUCUCCUGUCAAAAUGACAUUUAGAAUAUAUGCAACGUCUGUGAUCCCCAUAAGUGCAUUCUUUGCUUCAAGUCUAUGGUUUGGAAACACUGCUUAUUUGCAUAUUUCUGUGGCCUUCAUUCAAAUGCUUAAAGCUUUGAUGCCUGUGGCUACAUUUCUCAUGGCUGUUGUGUGUGGCACCGACAAACUAAGGUGUGACGUGUUCUUGAAUAUGCUCCUGGUCAGUGUUGGAGUGGUCAUUUCCUCAUAUGGGGAAAUCCAUUUUAACAUCGUUGGCACACUAUACCAGGUCACAGGGAUAUUCGCUGAAGCACUUAGACUGGUCCUAACUCAAGUCCUUCUCCAGAAGAAAGGCCUGACCCUAAAUCCUAUCACUAGCUUGUAUUACAUAGCUCCUUGCAGCUUUGUGUUUUUGUUUAUACCAUGGUCUAUGUUGGAGCAGCCUCAAAUGGAUAUUUCACGUAUACAAUUUAAUUUUUGGAUCUUCUUCUCCAAUGCAAUUUGCGCUCUGGCUUUGAAUUUUUCAAUUUUCUUGGUAAUUGGUAGAACUGGGGCAGUUACUAUCCGUGUUGCUGGUGUUUUAAAAGAUUGGAUUCUGAUAGCCCUUUCAACAGUUAUUUUUCCAGAGUCAACCAUCACGGGGCUCAAUAUUAUUGGCUAUGCAGUUGCACUUUUGGGUGUAGUUAUGUACAACUAUUUGAAGGUAAAGGAUGUGCGAGCUUCUCAACCAGGGACUCCUGAAAGAAUUCCAGAUAGAGCAGCUAAGAUACAGGAUUGGAAACUGGAAAAGAAGUCAUCUGAUUUAUACGUUCCUGAUGAUAACGAUAGCAAAAAUGGUGGAAACAGUGGAGCAAGGUAGCUAGCUUCCGAACUGAUUGUUGACGAAGAAGCUCCUCUUAUUCCAUCCUCAAGGCUAUCUCACAUAGGGCGUACUCAGGUUUAGACUUGUGAAUUGUGUAUUGUGAUCUUCAUUAUAUCACCCCAAUUUUACAGAGAAGAAUAGGAACUAUAAAUAGAGGCAUACAAUAUAUUCUAGACAUCCAGAUCCUUCUUUUUGCUGUAAUAUUUUUAGGACAUGGUAAUCUAGGUCAAUUCAUUUGUAAUGAUUCAGAAUACGACCCUUUUGUGGGUUCUUGUACUUUGUAUUUUUUAUCAGAGCAUUCUCCCUUUCUUUUUGAUCAUCUGAGUUCCUUUUUUCCGUCGGUGUAUGCGUCAAAUGCAAGCAACGAGCAGCUACAUGUAGGGAUGGCAACGGAUUUUAGACAUGAAUCUGUUUUGGCGGAUUUCGGUCCUGAAAGUAUAUUUGGAUCUGGAUCCAGGGAUGGCAACUUAUAUACCCCCGCCAUUUUGUUUGUUUCAAUUGUCAGCUGUUGAAAAUCCCCAGCUAGCCUGUACCUAGACCUUCAGUUUUCAGGGUCGGGUUUGAAUUGAGUUCGGAUCGACCCAACUUAUAUAUCUGUUUGUUUUGAGGAACAAUUGGAUCAAUUCUAGCGGACAUUCCGUCCGUCUCAUUAUGAGAGUUACCUUACAUGUAAGUUAAAUAGCCAACUAAUAAGAGUACAUACUAUUAGCAUAUGGGCAUUUUGUUUUGAAC